AUGACACAACAGACACCUCAACCCGAAGAGGCGCCAGGCCCUAGAUGCCGACUAAACGCAACCCAACCUCUAGAGCGGCUUCGAGGCCUUCUUCCCACCCCUCUUGCGAAGCCUGCGAAUGUCGAAUUCGAUACCACCCCUAUCCCCAAAACCAAAGUCGAACGCCGUCGAGCGUCGAGCUUCAGCACUUCCCUCGACCAAGAUGCGACUCUCCCUGGGAAGAUCUCCGCACAGCAGGAACACGGGAUUUCCGUAUCGGAAUCUGCUCUCCGGGAGGAAACGGUGCUGUAUCUCGCAUACGGAUCCAAUCUAGCGUCCCAGACUUUCCGUGGCAUGCGUGGUAUCAAACCACUCUCGCAGAUCUGUGUUUUCGUCCCGGAACUCCAACUCACCUUCGAUCUUCCGGGAUUCCCGUACAUGGAGCCGUGCUUCGCGGGUACAAAUUACAGAAAUAUAUCUUCUUCGGCAAACGACGAGUGCGAACCUGAAGAUGACCAAACGGAUGGGUUGGAAGGCGAAUACUUGUCAGAGAAAGCAGCGCUGAUGGGUCGGACCCGGCACGCAAAGGUCGUCUCGGGUGACCACAAGCCCGGAUGGCAUAAACCUCUCGUUGGAGUUGUCUACGAGGUAACAUUAGCUGACUACGCGAAGAUAAUCGCUACUGAGGGCGGUGGUCGUGGAUAUCGCGACGGUGUCAUCGACUGUUACCCUUUCCCGGAAACCUACGACCCCUCCGAUCCGGUCCCCGAUCACCCCGACACACCAGUCUUCAAAGCACACACAUUGCUUUCACCGGCUGCAGACAACGCCCGCUUAAAAUCGCAAUCCCAGAAGAAUGGGGAGGUGCUUUCCGGUGGUCCUAAGCUGUCAUGGUGGCACACCAUCUGCUUGCAUCUUCGCCCUGAUCCCGAACACGCUCAGCCCUCUGCUCGUUACGUUGGGUUGAUCAAGGCCGGUGCUGCGGAACAUAAUCUGCCCUUCUCGUAUCAAGAAUAUCUUGCACAAGUCCAGACUUACCAUAUUACGACUACGCGGCAAAAGAUCGGGAAGGGGAUGUUCAUAGCUCUAUGGCUCCCAGGGAUUCUUUCGACAAUGAUCUUAUCGAGGCUAUUUGCGGGCCCGGAUGGUCGCAGUCCACCAUGGCUGGUGGCCCUGGCAAAUACCGUGGGUUUGGCAAUGUGGAAUAGCUACGAUGGUUUCUUUGCGAUGGUGUUUGGGGAUGGCGAGCGGACUAUGGAUGAUACCCCGGCCUGA